UAUUUGCUUCCUACGCAUCUAGUAUAAACUUGCAGUUCGAGUUUGCGGCUUCCGUACAGCACUUCGGAUGAAUGAUGCCCGUGAAAAAGUUGAAUGCAAUUCGUUGGAUUUGAAUAACAAUAAAAGUUUAUUUCUGAUUGACACAACGAAAUAUGAAAAAUACACUAUUAGUCCAUACCUUCGCUCGACUUCCUGGGAUGACAUUAAAAAUCGUUAUCAAUCUUUAAAGUUUGAUUCCGAAGCUAAAGAGCUAGAUAUACCAACUAAAACCGAAAGUUAUAUAGAAGUAAAUACAGCAACAUUCACCCCGUCACCAACUUUAGUUGAAGACUUAAAAGAAAAUCCCAUUUCUAAGUUUGUUGUUGACAAAAAUAUAGAUGUUAAAGAAUCAAUUUUAGACGUUAUAAAAGGGAAUAGCAGGAAUGGAGGUAAUGAAGAAUUUGCUUCAAGCGUUUUUUUAAAGAUGAGUGAAUAUUCCUCCGGUAACUCUCUACCUCCCGAUCAAGUAACCUCGAAAGUUGUGUCGGAAGAAAAGGAUUAUAUAGAUAUGGAGCGCUCUGGUAUACUUGAAGCAGAGACUCACAAGCAGCUUUCUGGCGCGGCGCCCUCUAGGAAAUUGUUGUUGUUAGGAGAACGCUCAGCUUCUGAAGGCCCUUCGUUAUCCUCUGACUUGUCCGGCACCUCCCGGUCGUCUCCUAUUAAGCUUCUUGCCCAGAGAAACCCUUCUGUCGACAUAAACGAUCCUUUCUGGUUGGUCAGGUCUGAACUUAUUACGAAGUUGCGGACUCAUCCCCAUCACUCGCGCUGUUACUCUUCUCUCAGCGGAACGCAACACAAGCGUUUCUUGUUUGAUCUUCCCAUGUUGCUUCAGGGCGUUCGCAGACAAAAUCUUCACACAACUUCUUACACUCGAGAAAUUGAAGAGGAAUUUAACUUUAUCAAAGGAAAACUUCAAAUCGAGGAGCAACAAUAUGUAGAAAGGGAUAACUUAUGGGUUUUGGCUAAUCAAGAGUACUACGUUUCGGUUCCUAAAGUUGUCCUGCGGCAUUGCCAGAUGGUUAUCGAGCACAAAAGAGAGCGCAUUUACUCUUAUCCACGUUUCUAUGUAAGGCACUCCACGGUGGGACUUGCGGCGCCCAAGCGAGACUGCUUACAUCAACUUGAAUGCAGAGACAAUAUAGUAUAUUCAAAGGGGGUGACUCUAGAAGCAAAACCGCUUGAGCACAUGUACAUGCAGCUGGACCUAAAUUGCCGCCAGGGAUUGGGUCAUUUUUCGUCUGCAGAGCCGAACCGUUGGGCAAAAAAAGCCGUGCUAGACUUGAGUCGCGACCCGGUUUGCAUGAAUCUUGCGAGAGAACACGGUGCAUCUUUCAUUGUUUGCAGCAGUGUGCUGACCUGCCUGUUUGACAACAUUUCACCUCAAUUUUCGAAUGAAUUUGAGAUACCAGUGACCGUAGUAGUGGAGGAGGCGGCUGGAAAGCGCCAUAAGAUCAUAAUGCUUGAUAAACCGCUUCUGCAAAGACGCUAUGAUCAUCGCGAGUACAAUAAUAUUUACAUGUCAAAAGCGUAUGAGAGUUUGCUCCUCGACACCAAUGCUCCCCGUUUUAUCCACCUUGACCGUACCUCAAGCAGCACCGAACAACUCGACGCUCUUGCAGCUAGCUCUUUUUCGCAAGAAUUCUUCCACAGAAACAAUCUUAUAUACAGCCUCUGCAACUUUGAAGGGAUAAAAACACUAGUUAGGUGCCGCAUUCACGGUUUCCUUCCAGGUACAGGAGGAUCUCCUUCUGGGGCUCAGUACGUUGGAAUUAAAACGAAACUUGAGUAUAUUCCUACCCACUUUACCAACGUUGGCCCUGAGGUUCUUACGAUGAGCGAAAGGAGCCGUUUGUGCAUAUACUCGAUGAUAAGACCAGAUCACUGCCUCUUGUUGGGAAGGGUGAAUAUGCUGACCUGCACUGUCCGAACUGAACUGAUAAAGUCUACAAACUUUCUUAUGGAUAAAAAUUCAAUAGGGCCCCUCACUGGGCGCGUCAAGCAAGUUCUGGACCAUCUAUUUACCUUGGAACCGGGGUCGUACCUCUUGUCGCACGAAUGCGGCUCCGCAACGGUGAAUGUUUAUAGAAGCGUUAAUGGCUCCACGGAAGCUGACUACGACUUGCACGAGACUGCGGCUGCUAGAGGCUCGUAUUCAGCGGACGCUACACAACCAAGCGCUAAAUAUUUACCACCGCAAUGGCCACUUGUUAACUUGAAGCCUUUGUUUAUGGAUACGAAGGAACCACCCACAGGAGCGGAGGAGUCGAAGUUAUACCAGUUGCAGCAGCAGAGGCUCUUGCCAUACGCAUUUCCGUUUCGCCUUUUUGAAAUUCCGAGUUUCACAGAACUGCGGAAACUUUCUAAAGUAUAUCUCACGGAUUUCUCUUUCUGCUUCAAGUUCAUAACACGCAGCUGCCCUAAACCGGGGAGAGACUUAAAAAAACCUCAGCCAGGACAAUGCGCCUAUCCUCAUCUCACAGUGGAUGAUGUGAUGGAGAUAAUACUUAGGAGAAAAUUUCUUCAACCACGUGCAAGAGUAAAAGGAAGAAGACAAAAGAAGGAAGAGAAGCUGCAAAAAAGCAAAGGCGGUUGAAGAGUCCUAGUGCACAGUAAAUGCUAUUAAAGGACGCACAACUAUUUUAUUUCUUAGAUUUUGGUGU